UCAGCACUAGUUCUUGUUUCUAUCGCCGCGUUUCCUCGUUGCCUUCCUCUUCUGCCGGAUUCGCCAGGAAUGGCGGCGUCUGGGGUUGGCGGUGGCAACAGAACCAAAGCCUUAGAGCUGCUGCGUUCCUUGCCCAGGGUCAGCCUCAUGAACCUGCGACCUAACGAUGGCGCCAGGCAACGGGAAAAGAGACGUGGACGUGGGUUAUAUGGAGGUAGAAAAAGUGGCCGAGGUCACAAAGGACAAAGGCAAAGAGGAACUCGACCUCGCUUAGGCUUUGAGGGAGGUCAGACUCCAUUUUAUCUGGUUAUUCCAAAAUAUGGCUAUAAUGAAGGACAUAGCCUCAGGCGCCAGUAUCAUCCCCUCAGUCUCAAAAAACUGCAAUACCUGAUUGACUUGGGUAGAGUUGAUCCCACACAACCAUUAGAUUUGACACAGCUUGUUAAUGCCAGAGGUGUAACAAUACAGCCAUCCAAAAGAGAUUACGGUGUACAACUGGUGGAAGAAGGUGCUGAUAUCUUUGCAGCAAAAAUAAAUAUUGAAGUACAGAUGGCUUCUGAGCUGGCCAUUGCUGCUGUUGAAAAAAAUGGUGGUGUUAUUACUACAGCCUUCUAUGAUCCAAGGAGUUUGGGUGUUCUUUGCAAGCCAGUGCCAUUCUUCAUGCGAGGUCAACCUAUUCCAAAGCGUAUGCUUCCUCCUGAAGAUCUUGUCCGUUACUAUACAGAUCCGAUGAAUCGUGGGUACUUGGCAGACCCAUUGAAGAUUCCAGAAGCCAGGCUGGAACUUUCCAAGAAAUAUGGUUACAUCCUACCAGAUAUUACAAAAGAUGAACUCUUCCAAAUGUUGAGCACACGGAAGGACCCUAGACAGAUUUUCUUUGGCCUUGCUCCGGGCUGGGUAGUUAAUAUGUCAGAAAAGAAAAUUCUGAAACCAACAGAUGAGAGGUUGCUAAAAUACUACAGCUCAUGAAUGCUUAAAAUUGAAAAAAAAAUGCUAGGUUUUGCAGGAAUUCUCAGAAUAUUAAAUAAUUAGUUGUAUCUGUGUUCUCUAAUUAGUUAAUACAAAUGAAAUGAUAAAACAUCAGCCAUAAUGGUUCUCCUUUUUGGUUGUCUGUAUUAAUAGUACCCUUAGCUUUUUCCAGUGUGAGAUGCAUUUAUCCUUACAGAUUAGUCUCAGAGUUUAGGCUUUUUGUAUAGCGUCGGUACCUGCAAUUUUCCCUGGACUCUGUCUACCCUUUUUUUUUCUUCCUGUGUAUCUGAUAAUAUGUAUAAAGUAGUAAUCUCUGCUGCAAUAUAUAUUUGGCCCACUAUAAAGAAUAAAUGUGAUCUGGCAGCUAAGAACGCCAAUGCAAUUCUGGGCUGCAUCAAUAAGAGUAUAGUGUCUCUAGAUCAAGGAAAGUAAUAGUACCAAGCUGUUCUGUGUUGGUCAGACCACAUCUGCAAUCUUGUGUCCAGUUCUGGGCCCCACAAUUCAAGAAGGAUAUUGACAAGCUGGAGGGUAUUUAGAGGAGGGCUACCAAAAUUGUGAAAGGACUGGAAUCCAAGCUUUACGAGGAGAGACUUAGAGAGCUGGGUAUGUUUUGUCUGGAGGAGAGAAGGUUAAGGGGUGACAUGAUAGCCAUGUUUAAAUAUUUGAAGGGAUGUCAUGUUGAAGAGGGAGCAAGCUUGUUUUCUGCUGCUCCAGAGACUAGGACAUGCAGUAAUGGAUUCAAACUAUGAGAAAAAGGAUUCCACCUAAACAUUAGGAAGAACCUCCUAACAGUAAAGGCUGUCCGAUAGUGGAAUAGGCUGCCUCGGAGGGUGGUGGAGUCUCCUUCAGAGGUUUUUAAGCAGAGGUUAGGUGGCCAUCUGUCGGGAGUGCUUUGAUUGUGUGUUCCUGUAUGGCAGGAGGUUUGAAUGGAUGGCCCUUGUAAACUGUUCUAAUUCUAUGAUUGUAUAAAUACCAGUUUUGAGUGGACAUAGACCAAGUAGCAAUAAGAAGCAGGAUAUCAAAGCUUAUAAGAUCUAUCUUUACCAUUGCAGUGUUUUCUGAAGCUGGAAAGCAGUUUCUAGUUCUGUUCCAGUUCCCUCUUUACUCGUUUUUGCUGUAUGGCUUUGGACUACCUGUCAGCUGUUGCAGUAUGAAGCAGAAUAUGGUGCUGUAGAAGAUCGGAGACAGUGUUUUAUCGUUUCUACAACUUAUCUGAAUCUGACCCUUGUACUUGAGCCAUGGCUGUAGAAGAAGCGGAAGAACCUGUGAAUGGACCACAGAUUUUUUUUCUGUGUUUUCUCCAGUCCUGUUUCUUCCCAUCCCUGGAAAAAUCAUUCCCAGGAUCAUGAGACAUAAGUGGAGAAAUAACCAUAUAGGACAGGAGGGGCUGGAGUGAGAGGGACAAGGUAGAAUUACUGUGUUUUCCACAAGAAUGGUUUGUCUUGUCUUUCCUCAUUCUGGUCCACCAGUCCACUUGGUUAUUCCACAUGGUCCCCACAGCCCCAGCCAUGAUCACUGCCAAAGUUGGAAGGACCUGUGGGAAUUGGGUGGACUCUGGGGAAAUUCCAUGUGCCUUCUAUGCAUGGAUAAUUGGGUCCAGAAGUUCCUAUGGCCAACAUCUAAAUUUGUGAUAUAUUUGUGGCAUAAUUUAUUUGUGAAAUUUGUGUCAUAAUUUAUGGCCUAAUCUAUUAGGAGGUGAAGGGAGCUGUGGAGGCAGCAAAACCUGUGAUUUUGUCCUCCCCUGGGCACUUACCCCUGUGGAGGGGCAAAUCCAUUGGCAGGCAGCUGCCAUGACCCUACACAGUGGCCAGAUGUGGCACACAGCAUCAUAUCAGCGUUCCUAUGCCCCUGCUGGCUCUGCCAGUGUAGCUGGAAUGUUAUGGCUGGGGUAGAGCUGCCUGGGACACUGGCACCCAGGGCUUGGACUUAUGCCACCCUUUUGAGUUGUAUAAGCCCACUGAGCCCAGUGAAGGACUUUUCGGGAAGGCAACCUUGCCUUCCCGCACUGCUGAAAAGUCCGCUGGAGGCGGCAAGAUGGUGCCGCAGUGGUGCCAUCCCUGGAUUAGGCUGCCCAUCAUCUUCUGACUGAUUUCUAUUAGGCCCAGUAGUAUAAAAUGGGUUUCAAAAGCAUAAUAAAUCAUCUACACAAUCUAUAAUUGGAACUUACCAGAGUCAAAGGCAAGAAUUCACAAAUGAGUAUGGCAUACCCUCAGGAAUUUUAUGAAAUGCAUUUAAAUUUAACUUCUUCCAUCUACCACAUCACUUACCAAUGUCAUAAUUGUUCAUGCAAGCUGAUCCCCGGUAUAAAGGGCCUCUUCACACUUGGGUGCUUUCCGAUUGAUUGAGUUCAUGUUCUGUUCUUUGUUGCAGGUAUUAAAUAUGGAAUGCUAGAAUGUUGUGUAAAUUGUAAAAUCCUUUGGAUAGAUAAUAGGGUAUGCCUGAUAUUCAAAGGACUGUGAAGUGAAGACUGAAAAACCAAUCCCCACUUCUUACUUGAAUAUUAUGAAGAGGCAAAUACCAAGUAAUGAAUGUAACUCUUUGUAACUAAACACACAGUUUCAAAAUUUUGUGUUUUGGUGCCUGUAGCUGCUGAAAGACAAAUAAAUACAUUCACUGGUUA